UUCUGUACUUGUUGUCUCCAUAAAAACUGGCGCGUGAAGAAGCGCGUGCAGAAAACAAAGAGCGUGUAGUUUACGAUAACUGUUUUCCAAACUAUUUUUUCCUCUACUCCCUACUCUGACACAGUGAGAGAGUAACUCGAAAACCGAGCGAGCAAGAAGAAGAAGAACCUCUCUAGGGUUUCACUCUCUUCCCAUUUUCCAUUUCCACUUCAACAUUUUCGGAAUAGAAGGAGAUAUUAAUUUAAGUUAUGCAGACACCAAAAGCAAGAGUUAGUGCUUCAGAAAUGUCACAAAGGAAAUCUCCUGCAACCCCUCGAACUGCUCGCCAGUUGAAGACACCAAACUCUGGUUCUAACUCAGCUUCCUCUUCUCCAAACCCCAUAAGAAAGACGCCAAAAGACAUGAGUCCGAAAGUAAAUGAGCGCAGGUUAUCACACAGUCCAAUAUCUGAGAAGAAGCGACCUAGCAAGGUUCAGGAAUUGGAAUCUCAGAUUGCGAAGCUUCAAGAAGAUCUGAAGAGUGCUAAGGAUCAACUUAGCACAUCGGAGUCAUGGAAAAGAAAAGCUGAAGAGGAGAUUGAAGAAGCAAAGAAGCAGAUACUAUCUUUGUCAAAGGAGCUGGAGGAAUCCCAUCAACAGUUUUCGGAACUUUCUGCUUCCGAUGAAGCACGGCUUCAAGAACUGAGUAAAAUAUCUCAGGAUCGAGAUCGAGCGUGGCAGUCUGAACUUGAGGCUGUCCAGAAGCAGCACUCAAUGGAUUCAUCUGCCCUGGCGUCUGCCAUUAAUGAAAUACAGAAAUUGAAAAGUCAACUAGAAAGGGCAUGCGAGUCUGAAUCUACUCAAAAUAACAAUGCUGAGUCGGAUCAUGCUGAGAUUCAGGACUUGAGGAUGGAUCUUAGUGAAGCUAUCUCUAUUAUGGAAAAACUAAAAAAUGAGGCAAGUGAUUGCAAAGAUUCCGAAUCUCGAGCCUUAGAAGUAAUUGGCAAAAUGCAAAUGCAAUUGGAAACAGUAAAUAAGACGGUGGAAACACUUCAAUCGGAUGGUGUAAAAGCAGCAGAAGCUUACAGGUCCCUGACUUUGGAGUUGGAGCAAUCAAGAUCCCAAGCAAAAUCCUUGGAGGAACUUGUGAGGAAACUUGAGACUGAUUCAACCAAUGAAAAGGGACUUUAUCAUGAAAAUGAGAUAAACGAGCUGAAAGGCGAGCUUAUCUCUGCUAAAUCUGAAGUAGGGCAAUUGAAGUCUGCAUUGGAAGUUGCGGAGAUAAGAUACCAAGAGGAGUAUAUCCAGAGCACAUUGCAGAUUAGAAGCGCUUACGAACAACUUGAACGUACAAAAUCAGAAUCCGGUCAGAGAGAGGUGGAAUUAUACGAGGAAUUAAGGAAAACUAGAGCUUAUAUUGAGGAGCUAAACACAAGUUUGAAGGAAAAGGAAUCUCAAUUGUUGAUUAUGUCAGCAGAGAACAAGGGACUUGAUGGAAACAAAUUGGCUGAUAGGGAAUUUAAACUUGCAGAAGAGCUCAAAAAAUUGGAUACUGAUAUUGUGGAGUGGAAGGAUAAAUUAUUAGAUAGAGAGACCGAGUUGAAAAACAUAACUGAAGAAAACAGUAUGCUUAAGAUGGAGAUAAAGGAGUUGGAGAAGAAUAAAGUCACCGAUGAGGCUGUUGCAUCUGUUGAGACAGCAAGGGCUGCGGAGCAAGAGGCUUUGACGAAACUUAGCUAUGUAAUGGAAGAAGCGGAUAAAAGUAACAGAAGAGUGGCCCGUGUAACCGAACAGUUAGAUGCUUCUCAGGCUGCAAAUUCGGAGUUAGAAGCUGAAUUAAGGAGAUUGAAAGUUCAGUCUGAUCAGUGGAGAAAGGCUGCUGAAGCAGCCGCAUCCAUACUUUCUACCACCGGAAACAAUGGCAAACGUGUAGGUAAAAACGGCUCACUUGACAGUAGCUUCAAUUCAAUUUCUAGCAAGACAAUGAAUUCACCUUAUUUAGAAGACACAGAUGAUGAGUCCCCAAAAAAGAAAAAUACAAACAUGCUGAAGAAGAUUGGAGUGUUAUGGAGGAAGAAUCAUCAUUAAGCUGUUAACCUGUAUGCUGUUUCCUUGUGCUCUUUAUUCUUAUUGGAUAUUGUUAUUUUUUGCUAGGGAUUAUUAGUUGGUACCAACUUUGAGUUAUGACCAUUUAGCUCCUCCUGACAAUGAAAUGGAGCAAUGUAUUAAUGCUAAUGAUGUUGUCAAUCUGUUCAAGUAUUAUAGGACUUACUGUAUUUGUUUUAACCAGGAAGUUCUAUGUUUUGAUGUCAAGAUUAUUGA